AGGAUUUGGUGUCCUAUGGCGUAGGUACCCAUAGCAAAUCGUGACCGUCAACCAGCAAGUUCGGUGCUGGUCGCGAUUCGUGCGCAAACAGCCGUUAGUCUACGGCGUCACCGCGGUGUAGGCAAGCCAGUUCACAGAACCACCUGCAAGCACCCCCCGUUCACACCAAUGCGUUUAUUGCGAAUAAAAGGAACUGAAAAGGCAAACACGGGUGGAUACUGUACAUCUUCUCGAAAUCGCUUGUUCCCCCUACGCAAUUGACCCUGCCCCGCUACAUCGCCAGGCCGCCGCCGCCGCCCAAGCCCCCAACCCCAAGCCACGAACACCCCAGCAGCCAUACCGAACCCCCGCACGCAAAGGCCCCUCACCACCCCCCAUUCCUCCGAUCACAACCAGCAAAAUCUUCUACGCCGCAGUUGACCCACGAGCUUGGCUAGGCGCCCCCCCAACCAAACCCCCCACUCCCCCUCCACCCAAACGCCUCUCCUAGCUAGUGGUUAACCGAAGAAAGCAACAGCAUCAGGGGCUCAUCAUUUUGAACAUUCGAGCCUGGAAGAGGUGGCUCCCAGCUUCUGGAAACCAUCUGCUUGCGGGAUUUAACUAACAAUGAGGAGAGGAAAGGCAAUCACUACCGGAUCUACUGCGCGCAGUUCUGUUCCUGAUGCAGCCCGCGAAGUACUAGAGCUAUUCCCUUCAGGAAACUGCAUCUCUGGUUCGCAACAAGUAGGAAACAACGAUCCAAGGGAUGAUUACAUGGUUUCAUCGACCCGGACAUCAAUUAAACAAAUAUAUGAUGUCAUAUCAUCUUUGGAUGAAUUUAAACGGGAAUUGGUUAAGUCAAUUGGAUUUGGUGGAAUGCUGUUGUUCCCAUCUCUACGACAAAUAAACCGCAGAUUUGCAGUUUGGCUUAUGAGCAGAGUAGAUCCACUAACCCAAACACUGGUAAUUGACUCAAAGAAAAAAAUAAAGUUUGGAAAAACAGAUGUGGAGAGAGUGUUUGGAAUACCAUGUAGUGGUAGCAUAAUAUCUGAGACCGGGAUGGCACGUAGAGAUAUAAUUUCAAAAGUUACAACCGUGUACCUAGGAGAAGAUAGUAGGCAAAGUCGAAGCAUAAAAACGGCGCAGGAAGUUGUAGAGAGGAAAUAUAACAACAAGAUGACAGAAGCUGAACAGGCUGCAUUCAAAGUUGCAUUUGUCAUAUAUAUAAUGUCAACAUUAUUAUCCCCCGGGUCCAAGUACAACUACGUGUCCGUCGACUACUGGAGUGCUCUUGUAGAGCCAUGUAGCAUUGGGAAAUUUGAUUGGUCAGAGUAUGUAAUAAGGAAACUUUUCCAAGCAGUAGUAAAGCUGAAGACUGAACUCCAAGUAAGCAACAGAGUUUCAAACAUAACAGGCUGCUCAAUUUUCUUGCAGGUACUUUACCUAGACAGUAUUGAUGUUGGAGUGAUGAACAUGGAGCAUUCGACAUUCCCCCGCAUUAGCAGUUUCUCCGCGGAGACAAUUAAGUCUAUGGUCCUAGCAGACAGUUUAUGCAGAAGUGGUGGCAGUUCAGAUUUUGAGUUCGGCAAGAGUCAGCUUCGCAACGCCUCUGGCAUAUGUUACUCAUGGGCAUAUGAAUCAUUCAGUGCUUGCUGUGGAGGUAUUGGCAGCAGUUUGCCGGGCCUAUGGGAAAUUUCAGUCUCUUUUUCACGAGCACUUGGCGUUCAUAUGAAGGCUGCGGGAGCACUAUUCUUCGCCGUUGCUGAGUUCGAAAUGAUGAGCAGCAGACACGAGGCUAACCAUGCAGGGAGCAUUGCAUCGGUGCUAACGAAAAUAAUCGAGCCAUUCACAAAUGGAUACUGCUACGAUGCAGGGAGAGACAUCAACAUGGCGUGGCUAGGUACUACAAUAGGAGCGGAUGUGAGCAGGAUGCUGGACGAAGCGUCAUUAUUUGUGUGCUGCAAUUGGCAGAGACGAGGAUUUGCUUUUGAAGAUGGAAGCUCGGAGCACAACGAUGCAACUGGUAGUGCAUCUAUUCAAGAUUGCAACUGCCGCAAGCGGCCACGUGGACCAAACAGCUUAACCAUAUCUGGACAAACUAGUGAAGAAAGAUUCACUCAUACAUCAGCUACAAAUGGAUACAUAUGUAUCGAGUUGUAUGGUCCAACUGAUGAGUGUGACAGAGUAACCUCAUAUGAGACCUUCAAGAAGGCUCUUGCAAUCCGUGCCCUGGCAAGGUAUUAUAUUUCUCUGUGCUGCAUGAACCGACGCAACUGUCUACACAAAACAUGUAUAACAUGCCAACAAUGCAACCACCAUCAUCUGAACAACAGUGGGUUUAGAGAGGAAUCAGCAGCUUCAACGAGAAAUGCUUCAACUCAAUCAAAUUAUACACCGCAGUGCCCUGUGAUCCUGCACUAUACCCCAAAACACAUCGAGGUCCCGUACAAUUCAUUCCAGACACAACUGACUGGCAGAUCUGAAAUAGUUAUGGACAUGUUCGAUGCAAUAAUUAGGCGAUUCACAGAGGUAACUAAGAGUGGAGGUGAAUGUGUGGAAGGCUAUAUCCAGCGACACAUAUUUGAAUCAAUAUUUAUUGGGACUUUGCUUGCAGGCACAUUCAACGCAACAAGCCAAGUGAUUAAAGAUCAGAUAUCUGCGCUGCAUAUAGAAUAUGAACUGCCAUCGUGCAGAAUACUAUUCUUCCCAGGAAUUGUUGGGCACCGAUGGGUGACAUACGCAUGGUGUCUUGAUAGAAACAUAAUAUCUGUAUUUGACCCUUUUUUCAAUGAAAAUUGCAUUGAGGAACACAAGGAUGUACACAUAUACGUCAUUGGACUGAUUAAAAAUGCCAUGAAAUUGACAGCAAGUCAUUUGAUAACUGGCUGGAAUUACAACUGGGAAGCAGCAAGAAUAGAAAUAAUAGGCACCCAAUUUGCCGGAAGCACCUGGAAUAGGAGCACAGGUUGCGCUGCUGCCCAAUUCUGCUUUCACUAUAAUGGAACGCUUUCUUCACUUUCAAGAGUAAAUGUAACAGAUGCAUCAAAGGUUGCAGAAAUGCUCACUGACGCACUAGGCUUAAAAGAAAACCAGGGGUUCGUGCCCACAACAUAAAGAUGCCAACCAUACCUCCCACCGCUGAAGAAGGUAUUGCCCGACAUGCAGUCUCUCCUGACAGCAAAAUUAAAUCAGUAUCGUUAAGUAUUUUUUGUGAAAAACGAGCUGUAUAAACUCAUAAUAUUAUUUUUGAAGAACUACAUGUAUGUUUUGCCUGUUACGCAGACCCUUACCAGUCCCUUCCUUUGA